AACCUAAUGGUCAAGAAGAGAAGUCGCCGACAUGACGCCAUUGAAAACUUGAAUCGGAAAUGGUCAUUACGCUCCUCGCAGUGUCAAACCGGUUAAUAUUAAAUUUUCUUAAUGGUUUAAUGCUGAAAUGCUCAUUGUGAUUUUACCAGGUUGUGGUUGAAGUGUUAUUAAGAAUUUUGGCGUGCAAGGAAAGAGAAUGUCAGGCAAGAAAAGAAAACGAAAUCCAGAUGUCGAGGAUCAGAAUUUGCAUCACUGGGAAAAGGAUCAUGUCCUUCCUGAUGUACUCAAGCAUGAGAUUGGAACUAUGUGGGAGAUUCCACAAAUUUUUCACUUUUUCUAUUUGACCAAAGAUGUACUGGAAAUUCCUUAUUUAUCAAUGUACGAGAUGGAGAGGAUGCUCUUGAUGCCGAGAGCUUCAAUAAGAUUGGCUGCUGUCAUGACUGCCUUGCUAAGUAGUCCUGUCGGGAAAGCUAAGAUGCGCAAAGUUCCCUCGAUGCCAUAUAAGUUUUGGACCAACGUUUUGACUCACAAAGUUAAAGGAUGGUUCAAAGUUUAUUCUAUCAAGAAAUACGAUCCAAUAAAGGUUUUUGAGACGACGGGAAUCGAGCCAGAGUUUUGGGAAAUCUUUCCAGAUGUUUCCCACGUGAUUAAAAAUGAUUUUGCGGAGCUUACUUUAAAGCAAAGAAUUUGGCUGGUAAAAACGAUGUGCGACACGCUAAUGCAUGCUAGAAAAAGUAUACAACACGCAAUUGAGAAACAAAAAUGGGAGGAUCAAUUUGAAACGGUACUAGGAAUAGACAGAUAUGGAACAAAAUAUAUUUAUUUUCCACAGUUCCUUGAAACCGAUCUAAGAGUUUACAGAUACUCAUCAUCAGCAUUUGGGUCAUCCAAUGCAAAGGAAAAGUCAGAGCUGAAAGUCGAAGUGGUAGAUCAUGAGGUUGUAGUAGAGAAACCAAAACGUAAAAAACGUAAGAUACUCUGGAAAAGCAGUCAAUCAAGACGAAAAAGGCACAGAAAAAAGAUCAUAGAUAAGGAUGUCAAUGACUGUAAAGAUAGUGUGGACAGUGCUGUAAAAUCGCCGAAAAAUUGUGACAAGAAUUCUAGUAGUGAGAAACUGUGCAGUAAUAGUCUCUAUAGCGAUUUAGAGGCAGUAAGUUCAAAGCGUUCUAGAAGCUCCUCAGAAUCAUCAGAAGGAAGUGUUUUACCCAUGGGUACUAAGUGUAACAGUGCUAAGUCUAGUGUUUGUGAUACUAAUGGUUCAAACGACGUGAAAAACUGUAAUGGUGAAUCAUCGGACAUGAUGUUCAAAGGAUUUGUUGGGGAAGGUGAUAUAGAGAAGAAAAACAUUUCCAUGAUACGUGGUAUACUUAAUGAUCUGACUUUAGAAGUGUGUGGCGAUACUAAUAGAGGAGAUUUGCAAUCAGCAAAUUUAACAUUGGCUAUUAAAAAGAAAAAAAAGCGAGUUUGUAGUGACUUAAACAUCCAAGAAAUUCCUGAUAAAGUUCACAAUGGUUACAAUUCAAAGCAUCAUGAUUUGGCCGUGGUAGCUUCAGGAUCAAUAUCCCCCAUUGUUGCUAAUAGUUUGUCUGCUAUAAAUGUAUUAAGUAAGUCAAAGACAGACGAUGAAAAAGUAAUUGAAAUAAUUUCAAAUGACUCGUCGAUGAUUAAGGAUAAAAUAUGGGAUGAAAAGUCUGACAAACAAACAUUAAUAACAUGCAAGUCAGACGAUGAGAAAUUAAUUGAAACUAAAUACUCUGGAACUGAAAUUUGUAUUGACAAUGCUAAGGAGAGUAUCUUUAAUGUUAGAGUGAAGUUUGACAAUACAAUAAACGAGUUACUAAAAUGUAAUAAACUAUCUGAAGAGAAAAAUAAAGAAAGUGAGAGCGAAACUGUUCUUGAUCAAGGAAUGAAUAAACAAGAGAGUGUUGCCACCUUACAAAAUAAGGAAAAUUACAUCGAAGAUAAAAAUGAUAAUAAUCAUAAAGACGAUUUUAAGAAGGAUGAUACUCGAAAAACAACACAAGAGAAAGCCUUAGAGAGUGAUGAUGACAUUUCUCUUUUGCAAAGAAUUAUUAAAGUAAAAGACCCUAGUAAUUUAGAAGACGAGAAAAAUUCAAUUCAAGAAAAGAAGGAAAAAAGAAAAAAAAGGGUAGGUCUUACAAGGGAAUAUGUUACAAGGAGAACAAUAAGGUUAGAACAAACAAAAAGUGAAUCAACAAAACAGUCAAAUUCACCUGUUCAUACAAAAUUGCUAAAAACUAAAUCUGAAGAUCAGUGGGAAAAAUCUAGCAAUGAUUUUCAAGAGGACUUGGUCAAGGAAGAUGCUAUAAAGAGUGAUAGGCAGGCUGAAGAUGAAGAAUUUCAUUUAGAGGACUUUAAGGUCACAUUACAGAGCGGGAAAACUCAUGAUGCUGCAAGAGUUAACUACAACAAUAUGGCUAGUGGAGAGAAGAAUAUUCAAACGCAUAGACCACAAGAAGAGAUUGAUAAUUUUAAAGAAUUACUAUCCGAUCUGAGCGUUUCAACGUUUGAGUUAAUAGCUGAUAGCGUUCAAAGUCUAAAAGAAUUUCUGGUUACAUUUUCUGCGGGUGCACCCGCUGAUGACAGUAUUGAUGAUAACAUGCCACUCUGCGAGGUACUGCUGUUGAAGAAAUUGCAAGAAUUAUUUGAAUCUGUAGCGAGCUUGGAACCGGAUUUAAAGAAUUCCACAAUAAGAGCAAGAAAGAGAUUGUACUGUCACUGGCUAAAAUACAGAGCAGACGUUGAGGAAGAUCAGGAUGAAGACUGGUCUGGUGAGGGUGGUCUCGGCUCUAAUUGGUGGGUUCUUGGAUCGCAGGGAUGUCCAUUGCUAUCCUCUGGCGAAGCAACAUUACGGACUUUAUCGCAAUCUGCCGUAUCCCAAACUGGCCCCAAUAUCCAAAUUCGCAAAACCACUGGUGAAGUUGAAGAGAAAGUCAAAGUUGAAAGUCAAUCGAAGCAAUGGACAAAUGAAGAUGAGUCCUGCGAUGAAAAAACCCGGGGUACAGAAACUUGUGAGCAGGAAGAAAGACGAAAUCAAAGAAUCGAGAAAGAAAAAGGCAAAGAAGAAGAAGAAGGUGAAACUGGAAGAGACAAGCAAAGAGGGACGGAACGACAAACGACAGGACGAGUGUUGCGGGCACGGGGUGUGCCUUUAUACACAGAACAAUACUUUUCGGACGACGAGAGUGAAGAGGGUGAGCUGGAUGUAUGGACCAAAUUUAAGACAAUCUACGAAGCUUCCAGCCAAUCGCCCGGUACACCCGCUUCAGACACUGUCGCGCAAUCCGGCCAGUCUGAUGGCGAAUCGGAGGAGGACUCAGACAAAGAUUGGAUUCUACCGGGAACUCGCAGGAGGAAAUAUAAGCGCAGUGCACGACAGCUAACUACAUUCCACCAAAGACAAUUUAGAAAAUAUAAACAUAUGAAAUCUAUAGAAAAAUAUAUGACGACCAAUCCAGUUAGAUCAAUCGAAUCAUCAUCAAAGAAAUCUCAGCCAGCAAACUCUAACAAUACAAUGCGAACAUGGCGCAAGUUAAUUUAUUCCGGUAGGAGAAUCAAAAAUAAACAAGAAGUGAAGCGAGAUCAUCUCGAGGAUGACGAAGACGAGGAUGCCGCAAAACCUAUUAUUAUUCACAGUGUACAUUCCGAAUUAGACAUCAAAGACGAAGGUCCCGUCACAACUCUUGCACCCAGUGAAACUACGAGUAAUUAUGUACCUCAGGGUUUUGUUGUUGUCAAAGCAGAUCAAGUUCCCGCAAAUUAUUAUUUAAUGAAUCCAAGCGUUCCUGGUUUCGUGCAACAAGCUCCAGUGAUGCAGCAAAGAGCUUUGAUGCAACAGGGUGCACUUGUACAUCAAGGAACUAUCGUGCACCAGGGUGCCAUAGUACAGCAGGGAGGAAUCGUUCAUCAAGGAACCAUCAUGCAGCCAGGAGCUAUAGUACAGUCAGGUGCUAUCAUGGCUGGGGUCCUUCCACAAAUGUCACCUGGUUACUAUGUACAAGAUUCUUCAAAUUUUGUAGUUCAAAAUACACAAACGAAUUUUGUAUCAACACAGGAUACCAUAAGUAACUCUCAAAAUUCUCAACCAGUGGUACUUCACCCAACAGCAUCCGUUAUGGGGUCACAACAAUUUAUUAAUUCACCGAAUUACGUACAUAUGCCAUACGUUGCGGGUUCACCUGCACAGACAAGUUUCAUACCAGCAGUUACUCAGUCAUUGACACCAAGAAGUGCAAUUGCCGGACAUAUAAUUCGCCAGAGUACACCAGUGCGGGUUGCAAGUAAUUCUCAACAAGGAAGUUCUGUUGCUCCAAGGGCAGAUUUUCCACAUCCUAAUGGUGCAGUAAUAAGAAGUAGUUUGCCUAUUAGGAGAACGUUUCACAGAACUCAUGGACCCAGGAACUUAACUUCGCAGAAUGCCUCGUUUAAGGGUACGAGAGGGAAAACAUCAACGGCCAUGGAGAAAGCGAGUUCUCAUUCAGGUCCAUCGAAGACGACGUCGUUAAUCGUUCUGAGCGAUGGUGACGAUGAGAUCGAGAUGAUUAUUCCUGAAAAGUCAAAUAAUGAGACUGUUACCGCACAGAUACAGAAUCCAUGUAAGAGGAAAAUAGAUCAACAAGAACAAAGAGAAAGGCCAGUUCUUACAUUGCAGGCAGUAACGCCUACUACAAGUACUAUCUUACAUCCGGUGAUCAUGGAACGACUUAAUCAAGGUGAAGUCUCGAUAACGCCAAUCAAACCGACACCACCACCUAUACAAACUGCUGGUACACAAUUGAUUGUGGUGGUUAAUGAAACUGGAAGCCACUACGCAUUGGCAUUACCUAACGGAAGUAAAAUCAUUCUUACACCAGAUCAAAUAGCGCAGAUUAGAGCUUCGAAUGGAGGUAAACUUAUUUUGUAAAUGACAUCAUAUAGGGUGUUGAAUCUUGAGCUUUUGUACAGAUUCAUUAUAAAGGUAUCGUAAUAUGUUUGUAUGUAACUGGAAACAAUUAGGAAUGUGAUUUUGAGCGAACUGAGUGGGGAGUGUGUAUAUUCUCUUGAAUGUGAUUAUCCAAGUAUAUCCUUCGAUUGAACUUAUAUAUUUCAUUGAUUUUCUAUCGUAGUCCCUGAUAUUCUAUUUGUCUAAAUUUCAAAUGGUAUUCUAUUAUAAAUAGAGCAACACCGGAAACACUUUUAUAGAUAUUUGAUUAUGAGUUGUCCAUAUUACAUUCAUUGUUCGCUGUUACAUGUCUCUGGCAUUUUGUAUGUUUCAUUCAUGAGUUUUCAAGUUAUUUUAAUGCCGUGACAAUUGCUUGGAAGUCUUUCUUUCUCUUCUCCAUCUAAACAAACUGGUGUAAUCACUGUUAUUCCUUUUUA